CCGACAAUUGAAAAUUGAUAUGAACCCCAUAUAACAUCUCUAAAGUUAUCUGCAAUUCAGACUCUCAAUCCUAAUCCAGCUUUAGUAGUGUCACGUUUGGUUGUGUUCUGCAUGGACCACAUCUCUGAGAGCUUAGAAAGAAGAAAAAUAAAAGAAGGAAAGUUAUUGUCCAAGGGCUGCAAGCAUUUGUAGAAACAGGGAUUUUAAAGAGGAAUUUCCAACGUUUAAAUUACGCUUUUUCAGGAUUUUAAAUCUCGCGCGAAAAUGGAAUCUGAUGGGCGAAGAGGUUCCACAAAUCCCACGGCCAUGCUCCAAUCUCUCUUGGGCAGGAGAGAAAAGCUUCAAGAAGAACUCAGUAACAUCGAAAAGCAGGUUUUUGAGUUAGAGACGAGCUAUUUGCAAGAUUCAAGCAAUUUCGGGAAUGCCUUGAAAGGUUUUGAAGGGUUUCUUUCUUCAUCCAAGAGCACAACAAACUUAAAGAGGUCCAGGAAAUUCCAGCCUGAAGAUAGAAUCUUCUCAUUGUCUUCAGUUACCUCACCUACAGCUGAAGAACUUGGACUUGGACGCGAUGAUGGAAGAUCUGAUUUUGGUCCAGGUCGGUCUAAGGGUGGAGGCUUACCCACCAAUGGGCAGGCAAAACCAAAGAAGGGAAGAACAGCGUCCAGAGAUGCAAAGAGAAUAAGGCCAUCAAGUGAACAAGAUUUUGAUGAUGAAGAUGAUCCUGAUUUGAGCUUGAGAUGACCUGCAUUCGUUGGAGGGCUUGCGAUGUAAACAUUCGAUGUAAUUUCAGGUUAUUAGAGUUAGAGGAUAAACUGUGUUGUAUUGUAGCCUAGGACUAGGAAGUUUCUCUUUAGGUCAUGCUGGCUAGGUUCCUUAGGAUUGGCAAUGUUGCAUUAUUAGCUUGUCAUAAGCCAUGAAAUGCCGUCCUUAAUUUACCUAAUAAUCUUUUUCACCUUAGGGUUCUUAUCCACUUCUGUUCCUCUUCCAAUUGUGUUGUAACUGUAUUGUUAUUGUUAGUAUUAGGAAAAGAGAAAAAGAGUGAUUUGUAAUUGAGAGUUUUAAUCUUUGGCCAUUGGCAAGAAUCUUUUCAUAGUAUAAUUGACAUGAUUGGCUCCUGUAAGGCUGUAACACUUUUGCUCAGGUUAUGCAAUUUUUUCUGUAAGUUAUCUUUGGCUAGGCCAUGUUA